AUGUCAAGUGAUAGGAAUCAAGCAAAACGGCAGGAUAUUGGUGAAAAGUUGAGUUUCGGUGAGGAUAGACCACAAGAGGACCUUGGUCGUCAUGAAUUCACGCCUAUAAGUGCAGAAGAGACGUUUAAGUUGUUCAAUUUACAGAGACAAGUUGCCCUGCCGGAUGCAGAUGUUAUGUUCCCCUGGUUACAUGGCUUGGCUAAAUGUAGAAGUCCUCCUAAAACUGACAAGUUUCAGCUCAGUAUAAUUAGUUCCCAGACACUACAGGCUGGUAUGAUUGAGAACUCUGGUAUUUUGAAAUCUUCUAUUGAUCUUAACGAGCUAUUAUUGAAUUUAAAGGACCCCACACAGGAUUUACGAUCAAUUGUUGCUACAGAAAUCAAGGAAUAUGGGGUAUUAACUGGUGUGAAUACAUUUGAAUCUGAGGUUAACGAGGUGAUUGAAGCAUGUAAGACAUAUCAAUUGCUUCCGUUCUUGUUGACUGAUAAUUUGAAGCAAUUCAGGUACGGGAAGAAGAACAAGCUGGGGGAGGACUGCGGGAUGCAUGAUAUGGCCUGGAAGCAACCCGUAUUGUUUAGGCGAUUUGAUCUCCAGCCAGCAAAACAUCUGGAAAUGUCUAAGAUUGCUGUGAUAUACUGCUUGUCUCCACAGCACCCAAAUGAGUGUUUAUGUCACUAUGCAGGCAUAAUGGUACGUUGGGCAAGCAGGUUUGUAUUAUUGAAUUAUGUGGACUAUCCAGAAAACGAGCUUGACAUUAGGGUUCUUGAUCCAAAUGAUAGUAUUCCUAGGGAACUUAUUGGUACGAUACCUAUGUCUAAUAAGGCUGUAGAGAAAAGCCACCAAACAAGGUUGGCAUCAAAAUUCGACCUGGCGUCGUUUAAUAAUUGGGAAAGAGACCUUUUGUAUAAAGAGAGGCUUGAAAUAUCCAAAAUGAGUAGCGUCAAGAAGAUAGCACCUAGUCUUUGUUGUGGCAACUCAACUGAUUACGAGAUUUUGUAUUUAGGCCUGACUGACAAUUGUACAAGCAAUAGCAGAAGUUAUUAUAGUUAUGAUAACACUGUGGUCACACUACAUGAUCUCGAUUGCGAGAGCUCUGAUAAUCCUGAUUUCGACUCAAAGCUAUUUAAUCUUAUUCCCAAGGACUGUGUUAACUGUGGGUUAUUCAUUCAUUGCGCGGAGGCUGUCGGUAUUCCUGACCGAAAGCAGAUAGAGAACCACCUAAGUGACAUAGAUAAAUCACCCAUUCACUUGAAGUUCCCAAGUUCCGGCUCCAUCGGUCUAGGAUCUUUGACACUGGAGUCUAUCAAGUCUUUAGUGAACCUUUGCCACUACAUCCACCAAUUCCAUUUAAAGACCAAUAUGUUCACUUUAAUAUAUUGUUCUGAUGGUUACACCGAAAGUUCAUUUUUAUUGGUUGCAUACUUGAUAUUUAUAUGGGAUUUGUCACUCGAUGAGGUUUUGUUGCGGUUGACUGACAAUCCCGGAAGACCGUUUUUCCUGUUUCCUAUUGACAUGCAGAUACUAGGCCACUUGCAACUGUUACUGCAGGACAAAUCACCGUUGCGACAUCCUGAGAGGACUUCAGAACCGAUUACUGUAGAGCCGGAACUCUUCAGUAAGAUGUUUUUCAGUAAGCCAUGUCAAGAUGAAAAAAUUCUUCAUAUGAAGGGCCCUCUUCCAUCCAGAAUACUACCUCAUCUAUACUUAGGAUCUUCGGAGCAUGCUCACCAUCCUAAACUUUUGCAAGACCUACAGAUCAGAAACAUUGUUUCAGUGGGAGUGGAUGUGUCGUGGCUACAAUUAGAUUCCGCUUCCACAACAGGAACAAAUAGUCAUGAAAGUAGAAGCUCAUCAGCAGAAUCUAAGCUAGAUGGAGGCCUAUAUUCCAGUGCUGUGAAGAACUCUAAUCUAGAAACGUUGAAGAGUGCGGCGCAUAAGAACAUAUUCAGCAGGAACAGGCGGAAAGUGCAGGAAUUGCCAAACGCAGGCGAGCAAUCCUGCACUAAAACAACAUUAACAACUAAAGAUGGAUUUAAUGUAUACCACAUAAGUGAGUUAGGAGAUAAUGGAGCUGAUUCCAUGCUUUCUCAGUUGGAUCAGAUUUUGUCUUUCAUCGACGAGUGUCAUAAAAGAAAUGAGAAAGUACUUGUCCACUGUAUGGUGGGUGUAUCAAGAAGUGCAACUGUAUGUAUCGCGGAAUGCAUGAAGGAGUUAAAUUGCGGAGUGGUUCAAGCCUACCUAUUUGUUCGGGUUCGAAGGCUGAAUAUUAUCAUCCAACCAAAUUUAAUGUUCAUCUACGAACUGCUCAAAUGGCAAGAACUCAACCACCCAGACGCGAUGAAGAUAGAUUGGCAUAUAUUAUGUCGUGCUAUUGCUGAACUGAAUAGCAAUUACAUACAGGACUUAUUUUGA